AGCGUCACCCAUACAGCCUAAAAUACUCAAGAUCAGUGCAACUAGAUAGAUAGAGGAAUAUCACGCGCCAUAGAUCUAGAUUUAGACUAGCCUAGGCGUAGACCGUAGAUCCAAAUACUAGACUAGCUAGAAGAUCUUCAGAUAUGGCAGGGAAUCCAAAAAGUUCUAAAAAAGACGACGGUAUUUUAAACAAAGCGUUGCAACAGUAUAUUCGUUUGUUGCAAGAAAAACCUGUCAUCACAAAAGCUACAACAAAUGCUAUUGUAUCUGGUGUGGGGAAUAUUAUUUCACAAAUAGCUGCUCCAGAUAAGUCAGCAGGAGGCCGAAUAAACUGGAGAAGUGUCUUUGCUUAUACUUCAUUUGGGUUUCUAGUUAAUGGCCCAUUGAUACAUCACUUCUAUGCCUUUUUAGAAAAGCUAUUUCCUAAAAAUCAGCCCAAUUCACAGUGGAAGAAAGUUUUGUUUGACAGGAUUGUUUUUGCUCCACCAUUCUUGCUCAUAUUCUUGUAUUAUGUGUCCAUCAUUGAGGGUCAUGGAAACAAAGGAGCAGUUAAAAGAAUCAGAGAAACAUACUGGAUGAUUCUUAAAUUAAAUUGGUCAGUUUGGUCAAUUGUCCAGUACAUUAACAUGAAUUAUGUCCCUUUAAAGUUCCGCACUCUGUUUGGUAAUAUCUGUGCCUUGGUGUGGAUGGUAUUUAUAUCUAUCAAAAGGAGACAGGUUUCUGGUUAAUGAUUUACAUCCUGAUGAAAUAUUGGAAUCCUUUGACUGCCAGAGCUUGCUGCUGCCAUUUGACUUAUAUAAAUAUUAUGCAAUAUAUGACAUUUUUCGGUAUAUAGUAUUACUAAACAGACAAAGAUUUUAUAUUAGGAGUAAAAUUUUAACUCCUUUAGCUUGAUGCUUAAAGAAGUAUAUUAUUUAUUAUGGUUUAUAUCAUCAGAAUUUUUUUUCAUUGUAUAUUAUUACAAUAAAUUUGGUGUUCAGUAACAAGACAUUUUUAUAUUUACACAAAGUUUGUUCAUAAAGAAAGAAAGUGCAUGUUUAAAAUAACUCCUGACAAUAAAAAUUCCAUGAGACUUAGUUUAUGCUGUUUUUGAUGUACUGGAAAUAAUGUACAGAAUUAUCAUUUACUGCUUCAUUUAUGUAUUGUUGAGACUCUCACUAAAUAGUAUUUAGUGUAGAUUUUAUACUUUGUUUUUUAUAAUAUGAAAAUUGUGUUACUUUUAUGUAGCAUAAUAUUUUUUGAAAUGUACUAUUCUUUA